GCUGCGCAGACCGUGUGCGCAGUCUCACGAAAACAAACAAAAUGAAGUCCCAAGACAGCAAAGCCCUAUGGGCUACUCAGACGGAAAAACCUAUACAUUAUACAUAUUUGAAGGAAUUCCGCGUGGAGCAGUGUUCGCUCUUCUUGCAGCAUAAGUGCACACAGCAUCGCCCUUAUACGUGUUUUCACUGGCACUUCCUCAACCAACGGCGGCGACGGCCCAUCAGGAGGCGGGAUGGCUCCUUCAACUACUCCCCAGAUGCCUAUUGCAACAAGUUCGAUGAAAACACUGGCAUCUGUCCGGACGGAGACGAGUGAGUGUUAAGCAGGUUCUCUCCCCGACGCAUUUUUUCCUUUUAAUUUCCCGCCUUUUCCUCAGUUAUUUACCUUGGUGGUGGGCGAGAGGACAAGAGUAGGUGGAGGAGGGCGGGAUGAGAGCGGGGGCGGGGCUCCGGGGGCGGUAACACUAGCAAACACAUGUCACCCAGGAACAAAGGGCAGGCAAUGGGCGGUGGGGGGGAGGGGGAGGUUGUUUGUAAACAAAGCGGUCACCACAGGUGCUGCCUCUCCCGCCAACCCCACCACGCCUUCUCUGCCACGCCUGCCACUCUUCCCUAACCUGUAGCUCUCUUUCAUAUCCCCUGCCUGCAGUCUCUAACCCUUGCCUGCCUUUUCUACCC